AAUAAUAAUAAUAAUGAAAAAGAAAGAAACAUGUUUUUGAAUUUCAGCUGGAUGAUAUCCAUACCCUCUCAACUGCAGUGCUCACCAUUUCCUUCCUGUCAAUAUCAAUGUCGAUGGGGCUGCCCUCCAGAACCCAAUCCCGGAGACCCUCCUAUCUCUUCACCUGUGCCAUCCCGUUUUCCCUCUUCUUCCUCACCAUUUUGCUCCUCUACAAGGUGGACAACUUCUUGUCUCAGACGGGAACAGUGGCCGGUCACAACUUAGAGCCUACGCCAUGGCACCUCUUCCCUCCCAAGACCUUCACCGAGCAGACCCGCUAUGCUCGUGCUUCCAAGAUCAUCCAGUGCUCCUACCUCACCUGCCCCUAUGCCGCUCCCAAUUCUACCCCGGACCGAGCCCAGUUCCCCGACCCCACUGAGACAUGCCCGGAUUUCUUCAGUUGGAUUCACCGCGAUCUCGAACCAUGGGCCCUCACCGGGAUAUCCUUGUCCGAUCUCGAGCAAGCAAGGAACUUUGCAGCGUUCCGGGUGCUUAUUUUGGACGGGAAGCUCUACGUUGAUUUCUAUUACGCCUGCGUGCAGAGUCGCGCAAUGUUUACGGUGUGGGGACUGCUGCAGCUUCUCAGGAGGUACCCGGGCUUGGUGCCUGAUGUUGAUCUCAUGUUUGACUGCAUGGACAAGCCUACUAUCAACCGAACUGAGCAUGCCUCGAGGCCUUUGCCUUUGUUCCGCUAUUGCACCACAGCGGAUCAUUUUGAUAUUCCUUUUCCAGACUGGUCUUUCUGGGGCUGGCCUGAGACAAACAUACAUCCCUGGGACAAGGAAUUUGGCGACAUCAAGCAAGGUUCACGUGCUCUGAGUUGGAGAAAGAAAAUCCCUCGUGCUUACUGGAAAGGUAACCCCGAUGUGUAUUCUCCCAUACGGACAGAGCUACUCACGUGCAAUCACUCUAGGAAGUGGGGAGCGCAAAUCAUGCGACAGGAUUGGGUGGAAGAAGCAAAAGCUAGAUACGAACAGUCCAAACUAUCAAACCAGUGUAAACAUCGCUACAAGAUUUAUGCAGAAGGUUAUGCUUGGUCUGUGAGCUUGAAGUAUAUCUUGUCCUGUGGUUCUCUAGCACUGAUCAUAUCACCACAGUAUGAGGAUUUCUUCAGUCGUGGUCUCAUUCCCAAGAAGAACUAUUGGCCUGUCUCUUCUACUAACGUAUGCUCUUCCGUAAAGUUUGCAGUUGACUGGGGAAAUGUAAACCCAUCCAAGGCGGAAGCUAUUGGAAGAGGCGGACAAGAUUUUAUGGAAAGUUUGAGCAUGGAUCGUGUUUACGAUUACAUGUACCAUCUUAUUGCAGGAUACUCGAAGUUGAUGGACUUUAAGCCUAUCUCACCGGCAUCUGCCAGGGAAAUUUGUUUGGACUCUGUUCUCUGUUUUGCUGAUGCAAAGCAGAGGGAAUUCCUGGAAGAGUCAACUGCUUUCCCACCCCAACGCGCCCCAUGCAAGCUUGAGAUCAAAUGAUAGGGAGAGCGAGGCGGAUGGAGUAAGUUCGGAGCAGUCGCGUCUGUUUAGAAAUACAUAGCUUCCAUUUGUUUUUGUCUUCUUUAUGGAUAAUUUAUAUGGUAAAUAUGAAGCUUCAGAGUGAUGUGAUGUCUUUCACAGAUAGGAAAGCUUCAAAGUUUAGAGCUUUAUACAUUACCUCCCCAGGCCUUGACACUUGACGGCGAUUCUUUUUUUCUUUUCUUUUUCCCUUUUUUUUUCGGUCUAGUUUCUGUUUGCUUGCUUCACUGCCAAGCCUAAAAGGUUUGCACUAUGGCGUGACGUGAUGUCGCUUCAUUGCGUCCUCCUGUGGUAUUAUAUUAGGCCAGAUUAAUGUAUGCAUGUCCUUUCUAUCUGUUUCUGUGUAAAUACAAUUCUGGAAGGAAUGUUUAGAGUAAUAUGGCAAUCAAUAGAUUUCCAGGAAA